AUGGAGAAAAGUGCAAAUGAGUCAUUUGCUAUGCUCAAAACUGUGGAAGAUAGAAUGCAAAAGAACAAACAAGUGUUGAUGGUCAAUAAGACCGCCAGUUUCAAGAAUAAGGGCAAGUCCAGGAAGAAGUCUAUUGGCACCGGUAUGACCGUGUCUCAGAAGAGGAACAAGGGUGGAGCCACUAAGGAGACUGGAUGUUUCUACUGGAAGCACAAAGGACACUGGAAGCACAUCAGCAAGAAACAUUUGGUGGAUAAGAAGAAGAAUGGUUCUUCCGGUAAAGGGACUGCAGAAAGCUCACAAGUUGAGAAGGAAUGA